GUAAACACAUUACAGGUGUAGUUGGCAGCAAACGUCUGGGUUUUUUUCGGUCAACUGUUUAACAAAAUUUCAAACGAAAUUGCUCAAUAAUCUAGAACACACCGAACGUAAAGUUAUAAAAGCAAAUAUGACGAUUUUGGCUAAAUUAACAGGUGAAAAGAAGGAUCUGGAGAAGGUGCCAUUGCCGUUGCAUCUAAAUGACGAGGCCAUCAUGCAUCAUGGUUCACUAAUCAGUCCCAAAAUAGCGUACAGCGAUGCGGAUACAGAAUCGAUGGUCUUCAACCGGCCGCAAUAUAACUGUCUGAAAUCGUUUCUCUUGUUCCUGAUCGCUUUUAUCGUAAUGCUGAUGGGCGUACUGGGCGGCUGGACACUUUACCGGUUAUAUGCCCCGAAUCAUGCGAGCAUGCGCUACCAUGCGCUCUGCGAUAUACCCUAUGCGGAGGACUCAAUGGAGAUGCCACGUUUCUAUGCGCGCAACGAUGACGCCUUCGCCCUUAACUGGCGCUCCCUGUUGCCCCAACUGUCCGGCAACAGUGCAGGCAGCCAGUUCGGCGAGGUUAACGAUAACUUCUUCCGCGAGGAGAUCGAGCUGGAUAGCAGCGAUGACGAUGGCUAUGCCAAGAUCGAUGUGCCCGACUUCAAGGAUGGUCGUCAUGGCCGUUUCAUGCACGACUUUAAGGAGAACCAAUCGGCCAUCAUCGAUACCAUCACCGGCCGUUGCUUCAUCAUGCCCCUGGACCGCGACACCACCCUGCCGCCCAGCAGCUUUGUGGAUCUGAUGCAGAAAAUGGGCUCUGGCUACUAUAACAUCGACACAGAACGUGUGCGUCGCAAUAUGCGCAUCAUAACACCCCGCAUCACCGAUCUGUCGCUCAUCUCGGAGCGCAUAGCCAACGAGUGCUACGACAUGAAGGUCUACAUGAUGGAGAAAUAUGUGUCUGGGGUUGCCAAGCGCUCAGCCGAACCUCUGCCAGAUGCCGGCAAGUAUGCAGAGUUCAUGGGUAAGGGCGUGAUUGAAUACGACCUGUCCAACAUAGCUGAGGUGGAGGCCUACGAGGCGAACGAGGCCCGCCAGCAGCAGGUGGCUUGAGCUAUAGUUGUUCGUGCGCCGCAAAUGUUUUAAAUUAUCAACAUAUGAAGAGCAAAAACAAAACAAAAUGAUAAAAAAAAAACACAACAACAAAAAUCCAAACAAAGACAAAUUAGUAUUGAUUUCCGUAAGUUUGUGUGUAAAACGAUGAUCUAUGGGGCGAAAGCCUCAACUUGUAGUCUUUAGUUCUACUUAGAGAUGGGCGCGUGUCUAACAUUCUAGGCACGACACGAAUAACUAUUUAAAAACACGCGAGCAACAGGCACGAUCAUUAAUAAUGUAUGGGCCACGACUUGUUUUUUGUAUAUUCCUUGAAUUGAACUACAUUUUUUAUAGAAUAUUUAUUCCUACUUAAUUUUUAUUUGUGCCUGUUUUUAUAUCAUAUUGUUAUUUAAGAGAAAUGUUCUACUUGUUUGCCUUUCAGUUAAUUCAAUUUACUAAAUUUAAUAUAUAUAUUUUAAUUAUUCACAAAUUAUAAAAACAAUGUAAAAGAAAUAUAGCCUCGUGUUUGGGCCUAAAAGUAUUUCUUAAUUAUAAUUAGAAUUUUUCUAAAAUUUCAACAUGUUUUCUUCUUGUCGUAUCUUAUGAUUUUACAUAAUUUUAAAUAGCAAUAUAAGUCAAAUUUAUACCUUAAGAAAUUUGUUCUAUGUAUGUAAAUUGUUGUCGUGCGCAAUUUUGUUUCUUAAACACGAGCACGUCGUGUUGCGAUGUGCGUGCUCGUGUCGGGCUAGAAACUAAGACACACGCCCGGCUCCAUGUUCGAUGUAACCAUGCUUAUCAACUGGAAACCGAUCGUAUUGUAUUGGCCAAGCGGCUCGGCGACUGCACUGUCGCUCGUCGAGCUCAGUUAAGAAUAGCGAAUCAUAUACAUAUAAAUAUAUAUAUAUAUAUAUAUAAAUAUAAAUAUAAAGAAGAAACCCUGUUAAGAAAUGUACCUAGAAAGCAAUUUAAUGCGAUUGACGAAAUUGUGACAAAUACUAAAAAAUACGUGUGCGAAUUGGGUUUGAUAAACGAGUAGAGAUUUAGGAUUGCUGCAACUUUCUAUUGUAUAUUUAAAUAUAAAUGGGGAAACCAUAAAACAAACAAGAGUAAACCCAAAUAAAGCCCAUUCCCAACUUGAUACAUAUAAAUACACAAUGCAUUCGAUUCCAAGUACAUAUUUUAUAUUAUAUACUCUUUAAACUCUAUAACUAUAAAUCAAUGCGUACGCGUGCGAAAAAAAGCUAUUUACAUUUGCAAGAAGAAACAAAUGACAACAACAUUAUCAAGAAAAUAGUAAAAAGAAACCUAAUCUAAA